AUGGACGUUCUCAGCCAAGUCAUAAGCUUGAAGUCCUCUUCCGCUAUUAUAACAACUCUCCUUUGUGCCUUGCUUCUGAUUCUCGGUUGUUCCUGGCUGCUCGCUGAAGACGUCGCUGCCAUCCCCUUCGUCGUCGACCUUCCACCACAACUCCGUGAUGGUUAUCAAUCGGAUUUGACAUCGACGACUGGCGAGCCUGAAGUUCGGAAUGGAAAGAUUUACCCUCGGUGUCCUGCUGACGGUCGACCCUUGACUACUGAACCUAUCAUUCCUGCUACUCGUGCCGAUGUCGAUACUGCGGUAAGGAGAGCAAGUGAAGCUCAAAAGACGUGGGCAAAAACUACCUUCGCACAACGCAAGAAGUUGCUCAACACAUUGCUCAAAUAUAUACUUGACAAUCAAGAGGCUAUAGUCACAGCUGCGUGUCUCGACUCUGGGAAAACUAAAAUCGAUGCGAGCUUUGGAGAAAUCCUGGUCACUGUCGAGAAGCUACAAUGGACUAUCAAGCAUGGGGAAAGAGCAUUGGUACCUUCUGCAAGACCUACAAACCUGUUGAUGUGUUAUAAGAAGAACUAUGUCGUCUACGAGCCUCUCGGUGUUGUCGCUUCAUCAUUCAGUUGGAACUAUCCCUUUCACAGUUGGAUCAGUACCGUCAUCAGUGCUCUCUUCGCUGGUAACGCUAUCGUCAAUAAACCAAGUGAGCAGACGUGCUGGUCGAGUUUUUACUUCCUUGAUAUUGUGCGAACAGCCUUAAACACUCUUGGCCAUAGUCCAGACCUAGUGCAGAAUGUCAUAUGUCUGCCAGACGUCGCAGAUUACCUGACCUCCCAUACAGGCAUCUCUCAUCUCACCUUCAUUGGUUCGCGGCCAGUGGCUCACAAGGUCUGCGCCUCGGCUGCAAAAUCGCUUACUCCCGUUACAGUUGAACUAGGCGGUAAGGAUCCAGCAAUUCUACUCGACGAUUCAGCGAGUCUCCAGAGCGUUGAUAGCGUCAGUGCACUUCUCCUGCGAGGAACUUUCCAGUCUGCAGGUCAGAAUUGUAUAGGCAUCGAGAGAAUCAUCGCACUGCCGAACAUGCAUGAUGUUCUAGUGUCCAAGCUGGAAGAAAAGGUUAGGCAAAUCAGACUUGGCAGCAUUACAUUAGCGCGACAAGGUGACCCUGAUAUUGACAUGGGUAGCAUGAUCUCGCCAGCGUCCUUUGACAGGCUUGAAGCCCUUGUUGCCUCAGCUGUGUCCGCAGGUGCGACUCUACAUGCAGGUGGUACUCGAUACCAUCAUCCAAAGCAUCCUCAUGGGUAUUAUUUUGCACCCACUCUACUCAGCAAAGUGCUUCCAGACAUGGAGAUCGCACAGAUCGAACUCUUCGCGCCUGUAUGCACGGUCAUGCGUGCAAACAGCGUCGACCAUGCUAUCGAGCUUGCCAAUGCUACUUCUUACAGCCUAGGUGCUUCCGUCUUUGGCGCACCCACAACGAAGAACUGGCCAAUCCUUCAACGCAUAGCACGUGAAGUCAAGAGCGGCAUGGUGAGCAUCAAUGACUUUGGUGCUUUCUACGUAUGCUCUCUUCCGUUCGGUGGUGUUCGUGGUUCUGGUUAUGGCAGAUUUGGUGGUGAAGAAGGCCUCAGAGACUUCGAAGAGGAAGAUGGUGUCUUAGUCUGCACAUCAUGUGGUCGUCAACAAGAAGGAUUGCAAAUAGCUGAACAAGACGACGCAGAUUAUGGCACGCAAGGUAAAAUCUCUCGUAAAAAGAUCGAGAAGACCAAGGUCAAAGUCACAAAGGUCUACCGAGGAGCACAGGCAUAUCGACUAUACUUGCAGGCAUGGCAGCAUAUUAUGUGGAAGCAGGCUUAUGCACUCAUUCAUGGAUCUGCCAAAGCACCAGCCAGUCUAUGGACUGUUGCAAAGGAUCUUUGGGCUUUGAGGCUAUCGAGCAUAACGACUCGGCUGGUAACCACAGCUGAUGUUCCGCUAAGCGUAGAAGAGGGAGAACAAAAUCUGAUCGAUUCAGACUCUGAACCGCAAAAUACCAAAAGUGUUCUUGGCAUUCAUCUGGUCCCGAGGCUGUGGGAUGCCAUUGCUCUGCUGUACCUGGCUGCCCUCCUUGUCCGCUGCCCGCUCACCCUUCAACAGCUCUACGAACGUAUUCGCACAGAAGGAAUACCCUUCAUUCGUGCAAUUCGUCAUGUGCCACUCGACAUCUCGAACAAGCUUCCACCAGAAUACCACGAAGCACUCGACACUGCGACAGUCCCCACCUCUCACGAGCUUCAUGAGGCAGUCUAUCGCACUCUGCAGACAUAUACCAAGGAAUUUGGCAUGACACUGCCAGCACUAAACUGGAGAAUCAUCCUAUUUGACUGGAUCCAGCACCUGGCCCUACCGAUCGAGGUCUAUCCUGCUGUAAGACAAAUAGCCGGCUUAGUAGGCUACAGCUUUGCAUACGAAUUACCUCAGCAAGAAGAAGACGAUACUAGGGAUGGAAAAACACAGCGAAGUCGUCGAAGUCCAGUUGCGAUGGCUGAAGUGCAGCUUGCGAGUCUCCUCCUAGUCGCAACCAAAAUGCUCUUCCCUUUCGACACCGAAAGUCCCGGUAAUGCCUCACUUCGUCUCGACUGGACAGCCUGGCUUCGUAUACAGAAAUCUUCUGCGUCGGAACAUCACGCUCAAUCUAAACCCUCCAUCGAAAGUGGCAAACACAUCGAGUUACACGACAGAGACAUCAAUAACAUGACAACUGAACAACUUGACGAUUACAUGGACUGGUACCAGCGAACCUUCACCAUACCUGAAACAGUACUACAGGCUAAGAAGACGGAUUUGGAGAAGAGUAUCCUUGAUAUGUUCACGUUGUCUGAAACACCGCAAAUCAGAUUACCUAAAUCGAGUGAUGAAAUUAACAAAGAGGAUCAAGAGUCUAACCUCGCCGCAAAAGUAACAGCUGAAGCGAUUCUACCUGCCAACACAGAACAUCCCCAGCAUACGAAUGACCAACCAGAGGAUAAUGGCAAUGACAACAGCCUACCUGGCUUACAAUACCCCAUCUAUUCCACCGUCGAAGCACUACAAGCAACAAGCAGUGCCUCCAAGGAAACCAACGAAGAAGACAACCCGGUCUUAUACCUCCACAACCGUGUAGCUGAGCUUUGUUGCACUGACCUCAAACGCUUACUUCGAGGUAUUCGACACACCGAAAAGAGAAUCGAAAAGUGGCAGGCAGAGAAGAAGAGGCAGGAGGUGUUUGGUACGGCUGCGGAUAUAGAGGAGAUGGAUAUGGCUGACUGA